AUGGCAGUUCCUAUAAAAAACGGUCUAACAUCUCGUUCCAAGGUCCUUGUACCGGAAGAGUUGUCUCCAGAUGGCCUUGCUCUGCUAAGGACGAGCCUAGACGUCGACGAACGCCAGGGGCUGAGUGCUGAAGAACUCAUCGAAAUCAUUCCCGAGUACGAAGCUCUCCUCGUACGUUCUGGGACCAAAGUGACAGCUUCUCUUCUGCAAGCGGCAAGGAAGCUCAAGGUCGUUGCUAGAGCUGGUGUCGGCGUUGACAAUAUUGAUAUUGAUGCCGCCACCAAACAAGGCAUCGUUGUCGUUAAUUCACCUUCCGGCAAUAAUAUGGCCGCGGCGGAGCAUACAAUUGCGCUCCUAAUGUGCAUGGCAAGGAAUAUCCCGGAUGCAUGCUCGAGCCUGAAGAGCAACAGAUGGGAGAGGAGUCGACUAGUCGGAGUGGAAGUACAUGGGAAGACACUGGGGAUAAUCGGCCUGGGAAAAGUGGGCUUGAUUGUGGCCCGUCUGGCCAAAGGCUUAGGCAUGAAAGUCAACGCCGUUGACCCCUAUGCCUCUUCUGCAGUAGCUGCAUCUGCAUCAGUCACCUUGAUGCCGUCUCUCUCAGCCUUGCUUCCUACCGCUGACUUUUUGACCAUUCAUACCCCCCUGAUUGCGUCUACCAAGGACAUGAUUUCAACCGCCGAAUUAGCCCAGAUGAAGCCUGGCUCUCGGAUCCUUAAUGUGGCCCGCGGUGGGACAAUAGAUGAGCUAGCCCUCCUGAAUGCCUUGGAAUCAGGCCAUAUUGCAGGGGCAGCAAUUGACGUGUUUGCUACAGAGCCCCCUUCGCCUGGUUCAGCCUCAGCUAAGCUCGUUGCCCAUCCUCAAGUUAUUCCAACGCCGCACCUAGGAGCCUCUACUAUUGAAGCACAGGAGAACGUUUCAAUAGACGUAUGCGAACAGGUACUCCAGAUAUUGGGCGGGGCAUUACCACGAAGUGCAGUAAAUGCUCCACUUAUCCUGCCAGAAGAAUACAAAAAGCUUCAACCCUAUGUUCGUCUGGUCGAGAAGAUUGGAAGCAUUUAUACCCAGCAUUACGGCGCUGUAAAGGACCAGGUCUCGAAUUGUAAUACCUUUGACCUAAUAUAUGAAGGUGAAGUUGCGGAGAUGACCAAUACAAAACCGCUUUUUACCGCUCUUAUAAAGGGACUCAUCAGCCCCAUAAGCAAAGAUUUGAACGUGAGCAUUGUGAAUGCUGAGCUUGUCGCCAGAGAACGCGGGAUAAUAAUCAACGAGCGGCGUUCAAGGGAUAGUCCGUCCCACUCGUACUCCUCCCUAAUUACCCUCGUUGCCGGGGCGCCAAGGAAUACUAAGGGAGAGGAUCCCGGGUCACAUCGUGAAUACAACCACAUCAUCUCCGGAACUUGUUCAGAGUCUCAACCUCUGAUAUCUAGACUAGACCGCUUUACAGCGUCUUUUGUCCCUGAAGGCACACUGCUUAUCUGCCACAACUUUGAUUCUCCAGGUAAAAUCGGUGUUGUUGGUAGCAUCUUGGGGGGGAAAGGGGUGAAUAUCAACUUUAUGAGUGUUGCACCUGUUUCAAAGGGCAAACAACAGGACGGGGUUGGAGCUUAUGACGAGGCACUGAUGAUUCUCGGAGUUGAUAAAGCAGUGGAUGAGAGCGUGGUAAAGGCUCUUGUCCAGGAGGGAGGAGUUUUGAACGCUAGUGUAGUUUUGUUAUAG